AGAAGACAGAGGAGAGAUGGCAGAUAUUGCUGUUCGUGAAGCCAUUCGAAAAUUCACCAACAUAUUGGGCGAUCUAAGCCUUGAAGAAGGCAUUCGCUUCUAUAGAUUGGAUGAACAAAUCGAAUGGAUCAGAAAAGAAUUGGAUGAAACCAAGUCGUUUCUGAUAGAUGCAGAUGCCAAACAAGAAGGGGACGAGAGGGUCAAGAACUGGGUCCGCGAUGUGAGGGAUUUCGCUUACGACACGGAAGACAUCAUUGGCACAUACUUUCUCAAAAGGAUAAGCUGGUGGAGGAGAAAGAAACGAUUAUUUGGCUUCCUUGGAAGGUUCGCUUGUAUCUGUUGUGACUCGGCUGCAACCCAUGAAUUCGUGAUGCAGAUCGAAGGGCUCAAGAGGAGAAGUGAAGAUAUCAAGAGGAGCAGGGAUACGUACGGCAUCGAAUGCAAUGUCACUGAAGCAGCAGCAGGAGAAGUGGCUGUAAGCUUUCAGCAACGAAGGGAGUACUUCUCAAAGUACAUUGAACCGGAUAUUGUUGGUUUCGUGGAAGACAUCAAAGUGUUGAAGGAAAGAUUGCUUGACGAGAGAAUAAAAUAUUGCGUAAUACCCAUUGUUGGGAUGGGCGGGUUGGGUAAGACCACUCUUGCCAAGAAAGUUUAUAAUGAUGUUAAACCAUAUUUCCAUUGCCAUGCUUGGGUUUAUAUUUCUGGAAAGCCUAGGCUCCCCAGUUACAUUUUAGAGGAGAUAGCAAAAAAGAUAGGGCUCAAAAAAGAGGAAUGGGAGGAGAAUGUGGAAAAGAACCUCCUCAGUUUCUUGAAGGAGAGAAGUUAUAUUAUUGUCCUUGAUGAUUUAUGGGCAAUUGAGGUGUGGGAAUUUCUUAAAGAAUUCUUCCCCGAUACGAUGAAUGGGAGCAGAAUCAUUGUUACUACCCGCAACCAUGAUGUAGCUAAACAUGUUGCCCAAGGUAGCUCUCCCCAUGAGCUUGGAUUUCUAAGCUACAAUGAGAGUUGGCAACUUUUCUCCAAGAAAGUGUUCCCAGAUGAUGGUAUUGGACGUUUCCCACCAGAAUUGGAACCUUUGGGAAGACAAAUCUUGAAAAGAUGUGGUCAAUUGCCACUUGCUAUUGUGGUAAUGGGAGGUCUUCUAUCCUUGAAGGACAAGGCAGAGCAUGUAUGGUUGAGAGUGCUUCAGUGCAUGGAAGGAGAAGCCAAUGGUGAAUGCCAAAUGACAUUAUAUUUGAGUUACAUUGAUCUACCUUACUAUUUGAAACCAUGCUUUCUUUAUUUUGGUCUUCUCCCUGAAGACCUUGAAAUCCCCGUUAGCAGAUUGAUCAAUUUGUGGAUGGCUGAAGGAUUCAUACAAUACCAAGGACAGCUAAGACUAGAGGAUGUCGCAAGAGGUUACCUUGAUGAGCUAAUCUAUAGGAAUCUGAUUCAGGUUGCAAAGAGAAGCUUCGGUGGUAGGGUUAAGGCAUGCACAAUUCAUGAUGUUUUGCAUGAGUUUUGCAUUUCAAAAGCCAAGGAAGAUGACUUCUUUGGUAUUUAUAGGAAUUUGGACUCCGAUGCAAAUGCUAAAAUGCGUAGACUUGCCAUCUAUUGUAGUGUUUGUAGCUACAUUUCUCUGAACCAUUAUACAUCGAAGCUUCGUGCUCUGUUAUGCUUCCAAAAAGACUGGGAAAGCCUUGAGAAAGAUCAAAGGUCUAAAAAGGAAUUGGAGAAGCUUGAAAUAGAGCAUCUGAGAUUCAUCUACACGGGCUUCACAUUGCUUAGAGUGUUAAAUCUCGAGGGUGUUCAAUUUGAAGAUUUACCUGAUGAAUUUGGAAUUCUCAUUCAUUUGAAGUACUUAGGAUUAAGAGACACCAAGUUCAAAAGCCUUCCAUCCACAAUAAGCAAUCUUAAAAACCUAGAAACUUUGGACAUCCAAAGCACAAACUACUAUUCCGUGCCUAGUGUUAUUUGGUUGAUGACACAACUGAGGCAUAUAAUCUUGGAUUUUUAUGCUGAGUUAAGAAAUCCAUUCAUUUUUGGAUACAGAAUGGAUCGUCACCGAGCUGUUGAUAAGGUUUCUUUACCAAAUCUCCAAACCCUAUGGAUGAUACAAGGCUCUAGUUUGGAACCAAGUUGCUUAUGCGAGAUGACUAGUUUGAGGGAAUUAAAAAUCCAUGGUCAAAUCAUGUUACAUUCUAAGGUGCUAUCUACUCCCAAGGCCAUAUCAGAUCAACUAGAAAAUUUGCAAUUGGAGGGACGAACACAAUUUCCAUUUCCUGAUGUACCUGUAAUACCAGCCUUGAUGCUUUCCCACUAUGGGAAUCUUCGUCAGCUUGUGUUACAAGGGAAAUUAGAGAAGCUGCCCAACCAUGACGAAUUCCCACCAAAUCUCACCAAGCUUUCUUUGCAAAGCACCAACUUGCUUGAAGACCCCAUGGCUACACUUUCAAGGCUGCUAAAUCUAAGAAAUCUUGUCUUGGGUUAUUGGUCCUACUUGGGAAACAAACUGGUUUGUUCUGAAGGAGGAUUUCCUAAACUUGAAGUGUUCAAACUUAUCUACUUGGAUCAAUUGAAGGAAUGGAGGGUGGAUGGAGGAGCUUUUCCACAACUUAGAGCCUUGAAAAUCAAGAACUGUGAGCAACUAGAUAUGCUUCCAGAUGGGUUGAGAAGUAUUACUACUCUUACUCAGUUGGAACUGAACAUGCCUGAGAGGUUCUACUCCAGAUUUCAAAGAAAUGGAGAGGACUGGGAUAAGAUCCAACAUGUACAUUCCAUCAUAACAUGGCAAUAUGGAAAAGCUAAGCAGAUUUGAGAGAGUUCUUGGUAUCCUUCUGUGGGGGAUGUGAUAUUUUUAACUUUCAAGCUCCAGAGUUUCUUUUUGAUGGAUAAGUUACAGUUUUAGUUGGCUAUUGAUGUGAGCUUGUCUUACAUUGCCGGUCCAAGCCCAGAUAAACGAGGAGGGUUGCAUCAGGUUUGCAGCUGGCACUAAAACUUUUGCUGAACUCUUAUGAUCAUGCUAGGGUGUUAUCCAAAAACAACAUGUUACACCUUAACUCAAGUGUAGUAUCAAAUGGGCAAGGGUAUGCUAGGACAAUCCAACAAUAGAUAUGGCAUUAAAUAGAACAGAAGGGUGAAACAGACUCUCUAUGUAUACACCUGUCCUCCCCAGAUCCCACAUUAGCAGGAGCCUCGUGCACUAGGCUGCCCUUUAAUGCUGAAACAGGAUUCAUGUAGUCAACCCCAUAUUAGUUGGAAUAAGACUUUGAUGAUGAUUGAUUGAUUGGUUUCCUUCAGUUGGCUAUCAUGACCAAAUUUCAAAGGACUUGACCAUGAAGAGGGUGAUGGGACAUGGUUGUGACUUGUGAAGCAUGUGAUCUCUACUUCUAUGUCUACAUCUAAUAUGUCUAAGUUGGGUCAGCCUGUGUUUGGUCUAAGUAUAAAAAGUGUAUUCGUUCAUGACAUAGAUGCUUGGUUCAUUUGUCCUUUAAAUCAUUGAGGUUAUUUUUUCCUUCAUGGUUUGAGUUAGUUCAGUUGUUUGAAUUGUUGCAUGAAACUUGUUAGUUGUCCAAUAUUGUAGAAUCACAUAUUCUUUAAUUGAGAAUAAAAAGUUGAGUUAUUUUUCAA